CUAAUCGGUUUGAGCUGCGCGGACUCCGACGGCGCACAAUUUGCAGCUCGGAGGGGUCUUCCUUGCCGCAUGGCACCUGGCCCGAGCUAAUGGCGAUCUCGCGUCGAAGCUACCCCUUCCGCUCCCCCUCCCUCGUCUCUCGCCUACACACCCUCGUCUCCGACCGCCAGAGGCGGAAUCAUUCGUCCACGGGGGAAAAUGGUGAUACUGGCUCGGUUCUUCCGCCGAAGGAAGGUUCAUAUGAUCAAUCAUCUUGGAAGACAGUGGACUCAAGGGCUGUUGGUAUUAGGAGGUCAUCUAUAUCAUCCUCUACAUGGACUGUACUGAAUAUUCUUCAAAGAAAAGGAUUUGAUGCCUAUCUAGUUGGUGGGUGUGUGAGGGAUUUGCUUCUGGAGAGAAUACCAAAAGACUUUGAUGUAAUUACCAAUGCCACACUCAAACAGAUCAAAAAACAAUUUCGGCGUUGUAUAAUAAUAGGGCGCCGUUUUCCAAUAUGCCAGGUUCAUGUUCAAGGUUCCAUUGUUGAGGUUUCUAGCUUUAACACCAAUGAUAAAGAUCUGAAAAAACAAAAAAAUGAUGUGCACUCUCAAGUUUCCAAUGGUUGUGAUGUGGAUGACUUCGUUCGCUGGAAGAACUGCAUGGAUCGUGAUUUCACGAUUAACAGUUUAUUCUUUGAUCCUAAUUGCUAUACCAUCUAUGAUUAUGUUGGUGGAAUAAGGGAUUUAAGGACAUUAAAGGUUCGGACUGUCAUUCCUGCUCACCUAUCAUUUGACAAGGACUGUGCAAGAAUCUUGCGUGGCUUACGAAUUGUUGCUCGGCUUGGUUUGCAAUUUUCAAAGGAGACUGCGGCUGCAAUACGAGAUCUUUCUUCAUCCAUACUGACUCUUAAUGAGUCAAGGCUUAGGAUGGAGCUGAAUUUUAUGUUAGCAUAUGGCGCGGCAGAAUCCUCUAUAUGCUUGCUUCAAAAGUUCAAACUUCUUGAUAUUUUGCUUCCCAUACAGGCAGCAUAUCUGGCUGAUCAAAGCAGGAAGCAAGUUGCACAGGGCUCUACCAUGCUGAUGAAAUUAUUUUCUAAUGCUGAUAAAUUACUUGCUGCUGACCACCCAGCUGACAGCAUCUUGUGGUUGGCAUUGUUGGCAUUUCACCUCGCAUUAGUAGAAAAUCCUCAAGAUGCUCUUGUAGUUUGGACGUUUUCUGCCAUCCUACACAAUGGGACGUGGAAAAAGGCUUCAGAAUAUGCAAGGAAAAAUGUGAAGGCUCAUGCACAAUUUGUUCCAGAAAUUCGAUCAUCAUCAGAUACUAAAUCUGAUGAGCUUAUCUUGGAAGAAACCUCCCAUUUAGCUUCACUGGUUAAGUCUUCUGUCAAUGCUUUUACAAGUAUAGAUGCUCUGCAGCAAUCACUAGGCAGUUACCAAGGUCCUUUAUCUUCAGGAGUGGUAUUAGUGUCUGAGAAAAUGGGGAGCAACGUGUCCAAACUUUUUAAGAUCCUGGAAAGCGAUAUAGAAUCAUAUGACAACGGAAGAAAAACAUGCGAAAUCAAUUAUCAGCUACUCAAGAAAGGAGAUCCAGAUGAAACCAGAUUCAUGCUUGGAAAAAUCAUCAUGGAGACAAUGAACAGUGAGUCCGAGUCUCCGCAUGAUCAGAGUCAAAAUUUGCCUACAACGCAGAAAAGUCAUCAUAAGCUGUCUGCAUUGUUCAAGUAAAUUAUCCUAAACAUAUUGCAACAAAGAUGCGUAUUCUUUGCCUCUUCUGAGGUCAUCAAACUAGUCAUCUUGAGGUUCUUCGGGGAUUUCCAGUUGCUGCAAAGUCGGCAUUCUUGGAAAGAAUUAAAUGGAUCAACUAUCUUAGCUUAGGCCUAUUGCUUGUGUAUUAAGAGAUUUGUCUCCCAUCCACGCAGCGUCUUUGGAUCUAAACAGUCUGAAGUCGAGGCGUGCUUAGGAAAAGCAAUACUAGGUUUGCUGUCGAGAAAUUUUGUUGCAUGUAAUAUCUCAUUUUUCAGCAAUAGUUUACAAGUGUCUUCUUCUGUACAAUUUUUAUGGUCCAUAAUUGAAGUUGGUUUUGGUUAGGUCCAUCGGACAUGUUAUUUCAGGUCCAUUAUAUUUGUAAUGUUAUUGACAGAUCUUCAAGUCCAUGCACAUUUUCUGCAAACUUUGCAUUUAGUUUAUUUGAAGGAAGAUGUGUUCCA